AAAAUACAGAGGUGCAUUCCAGAGUUGACUGUUCAUGGCACAUACAGUUAGAGGAUGCUCACUGGCACUUAUUUUUGUCAUCAUGUCACUGUUGGUUAAGGCCAAAAUAGAUGUGUGCAAGAGAGGAGAUGUGACUGUGGGGCCGUCCCACGUAAUUUCACUUGGAUCAGCUGUCAAUAUUUCGUGCUCUUUGAAGCCCCAACAAGGCUGCUUGCGAUACCCCAGUUUUAACAAGUUAAUCCUCUACAAGUUCGACCGAAGAAUCCAUUUUCAGCAUGGUCACUCCCUCAGUUCUCAAGUCUCAGGUCUUCCCCUGGGUACAACUCUGUUUGUCUGCAAACUGGCUUGUAGCAGUAACGAGGAGAUUCGAAUAUGUGGGGCAGAGAUCUCCGUUGGUGUUGUUCCAGAACAGCCUCAAAACUUAUCUUGUAUACAGAAGGGAGAAUAUGGGACCGUGACCUGCACCUGGGAGAGAGGACGAGACACCCACCUGUAUACUGCAUAUGCUUUACAGUUAAAUGGGCCAAAAAAUUUAACUUGGCAGAAGCAGUGUGAUUAUCAUUAUUGUGACCAUUUGGACCUUGGCAUCAACCUAACCCCUGAAUCACCUGAAUCUAGUUACACAGCCAAGGUGACUGCUGUCAAUAGUCUGGGGAGUGCUGCUUCGUUGCCAUUCACGUUCACAUUGUUGGACGUAGUGUGGCCUCUUCCUCCGUGGGACAUUAGGAUCAAGUUUGUAAAUGCUUCCGUGAGCAGGUGUACCCUUCAAUGGAGAGAUGAGGGGCUGGUGCUGCUUAAUCGACUCAGAUAUCGGCCCAUUAACAGCAGGUCCUGGAAUAUGGUUAAUGCUACAAAUGCCAAAGGAAGACAUGAUUUGCUGGAUCUGAAACCCUUUACAGAAUAUGAAUUUCAGAUUUCCUCUAAGCUACAUCUUUACAAAGGUAUUUGGAGUGAUUGGAGUGAACCACUGAGAGCACAAACACCAGAAGAAGAGCCUGCUGGGACGUUAGAUGUCUGGUACAUGAAACAGCAAAUUGACUACAGUAGACAACAGAUUUCUCUUUUCUGGAAGAAUCUGAGUCUAUCAGCGGCAAGAGGAAAAAUUCUCCACUAUCAAGUGACCCUGCAGGAGGUGGCAGAGGGAAAAGUCACACUACAGAACAUCACAAGACACACGUCCUGGACUUGGGUCAUUCCCAGAACUGGGAACUGGACUGUGGCUGUGUCUGCAGCCAACUCAAAAGGCAGUUCCCUGCCCAGUCGUAUUAACAUAACGGACCUAUGUGGGGCAGGGUCGCUGGCUCCGCGCCAGGUCUCUGCAGACUCGGGGGGUGUGGACAGCCUCGUGGUGACGUGGGCACCUCCAGGGAAAGCUGCCUGUGCCGUGGGGGAGUACGUGGUGGAGUGGAGGGAGCUCCACCCGGGGGGCAGCACGCAGCCCCCUGUGAGCUGGCUGCGGAGAGCCCCCUACAACCUGUCCGCUGUGAUUUCAGAAAACAUAAAACCCUUCGUCUGUUAUGAAAUCCACGUGCAUGCACUUUCAGGGGACCAGGGAGGAUGCAGCUCCAUCCAGGGUGACUCCAAGCACAAAGCACCGCUGAGUGGCCCCCACAUUAAUGCCAUCUCAGAGGAAAAGGGGAGCGUUUUAAUUUCAUGGGACGAAAUUCCAGCCCAGGAGCAAAUGGGCUGCAUCCUCCAUUACAGGAUAUAUUGGAAAGAACGGGACUCCAAUUCCCAGCCUCAGCUUUGUGAAAUUCCCUAUAGGGACUCCCCAAAUUCACAUCCCAUAGACAGCCUGCGCCCUAGAGUGACAUACAUUCUGUGGAUGACAGCUCUGACAGCGGCUGGCGAAAGCCCCCAGGGAAAUGAGAGGGAAUUUUGUCUGCAAGGGAAAGCCAGUUGGAGUGCCUUUGUGGCACCGAGCGUUUGCAUUGCUGUCAUCCUGGUGGGCAUUUUCUCAGUGCGUUGCUUCCGGCAAAAGGUAUUUGUUCUCCUUUUGGCCCUCCGACCUCAGUGGUGCAGCAGAGAAAUUCCAGAUCCAGCGAACAGCACUUGGGCCAAGAAAUAUCCUGUUGUGGAGGAGAAGACGCAGCUGACCUUGGAUAGGCUCCUGACAGACUGGCCCACUCCAGAAGAACCUGAGCCCCUGGUCAUCAACGAAGUCCUUCAUCAAGUGACCCCGGUCUUCAGACAUCCCCGUCACCCCAACUGGCCAGAAAAGGGACAAAGAGUCCAAGAUCACUAUACCUCUGAGGAAGACACAGGAUACAGUGCCUCGAGCCCACCACCUCCAAGAGCUCUCACAACAGAGGCAGGACAAGUGGUGGAUCUGUACAAGGUGUUGGGGAGCAAGGGCCCCAACUCAAAGUUGGGACACCCAGCCAGCCCCUUGACAGUCCUCCAAGUGGACUACCUUCCUACCCACGAGGGCUACUUACCCUCCAAUAUAGAUUAUCUCCCCUCACAUGAGGCUCCCGUAGCUGACCCUCUGGAAGAACUGCCUCAGCACAUCUCUCUUUCUGUUUUCCCCUCAAGUUCCCUUCACCCACUCACCUUCUCCUGUGGUGACAGGUUGACUCUGGAUCAGUUAAAGAUGAGGUGUGGCUCCCUCAUGCUCUGAGUGGCAAAGCCUAAAGUUUGGAAAGUCAACGUGCCCCCAGCCAGCACAGCAAGCCCCAUCUGCCAUCCUCCCAGCCCCCUGCUCCGGUGCUCAUUGCCUUGGGUGCUGCCAUUGGGUCUGGCUGCAGCCAGAGGGCAGGUAAGCCAGCUCAGGAUGAAUCUCAGGAACUAAUAGUUGGCUGUACCCCAAAUACCUCAUCUUGCCUUCUCCACAGCCUUACGAUUACAUCCUUCACUGUGUGGACUUGAGACUACAAUCUGGGUACUGCACUGGGGCAGGUGGUGCGGUGGUCAAUGCCCGUAACCUCCAUGUUGUCCAAGGGUCAACUGUAUAAAGCAGCUACUACAAACCGGGUCUUAUGUCUAGAUCAGUACUGCCCAGUACGCCUGAGAUACAAGUAUUCUAUGUAUAUCUGCACUGUUCGGUAGAGUAGGUACUAACCACAUUGGCCACUGACCACUUUGGAAUGUAUCUCUAGUAUGACUGAGGAACUGAAUUUUUAUUGUAAUUAAAGUAGUCACAUA